AAAAGUGUUUAACCCGCAAUGCCGAUUGAGAAGCAUUCCAAGGUUCUAUGAAUGAUUUUGCGGCCGGUUUGUGGAGGCAAAAGUAAGAUGUAAUAAAAAAUAAAACACUCUGUACCGUACCAGCCACGAAAUUAAAUUACAGGCUUAUGACUCUCGCCGCUGCCACCGGCUGGUCGUAGGCCUGUUAUCAAUUUGUUCAACCUCCAGAACUCCCAGCAACAACAAAACACAAGACCAAGAACCUCCCAGCUGUAGAACGAUCUUUGACGUUCUUGACAUCUCUAUCUCCUCCACGAACUCCCCAGCGAGCCAACAAACUGUUCACUAGAUUCUCUACCAAAGGCCCCCAAACGCCUCCCGUCGUCCCUGACCGGUUCAGCCAGAUGUGAUGCGCUUCCAGGAUUCUGUCCUCUUCUAUCCCUGACCACCAAAAUCCACCCUCGUUUUGCUUCAUGACUUUCUGCUUUGAUCCUUUACGCAAAGGAAAUUAUCUAUAACUGCUAGAAUUCAACGUGAAGUGGAUGGACCUUUUGACUUAACCUAGCCUGUUGCCAACGCCCCAGUGUUUCAGGUCUCCCUAAACCAUUUAAUUUGAACCCAGUUUAUUAUCCUUUCCUGUUUGCCAUCUAAAAGAAAAAAUCCUCGGAAACAAACCCUCGUUGUGUGUGAACUAGAACGUGGUUAUUAGACCUGCAUAGUGAUGAAUUGGGUUUCGGGGAAGUACCUACGGUACAUUCUAUUUGCAGUGUUGGGUCUUGUGCUUCUACAUUUCAUAUCUUACUCCUCAUUACCUAUCCCGAGCACCAGCGAUGUCGUAAAAAACCUCAAGUCUGGAUCAGGACAACCCAACCCUAACCCCUCACCUCAAUCGCCAGGUCCUGGAAAAAAGCCAAACCAAGCUGGGACCCCAGCCCUAAAAACCCCUUCGCUGGCUCCCGCGCCUGCCUAUGAACGGGUAAAUGCAACAUUCGUGACAUUGGCCAGAAAUGGGGAUGUUUGGGAUAUCGCCAAGUCGAUCCGCCAAGUGGAAGACCGAUUCAACCGAAAUUAUCACUAUGACUGGGUCUUUCUUAACGACGUCCCGUUCAAUGACGAAUUCAAGAAGGUAACAUCUGCUCUUGUAUCCGGGAAAACACAUUAUGGACUCAUUCCGACGGAGCACUGGUCGUUCCCUGACUUUAUCGACCAGCAAAAAGCUGCCAAAGUUCGGGAGGAAAUGAAGGAGAAACAAGUCAUCUAUGGAGAUUCAAUCAGCUACAGACAUAUGUGUCGUUAUGAAUCUGGAUUCUUCUUCCGCCACGAACUGCUCAAUCAGUUCGACUACUAUUGGCGCGUGGAGCCCAGUGUCGAAUAUUUCUGCGACAUCAGCUACGACCCGUUCAAGUUCAUGAAAGACAAUAAGAAGAAAUAUAGCUUCGUUAUCAGUCUGUACGAAUACAAAGAAACUGUCCUCACGCUCUGGGAUAGCGUUAAGAAGUUCAUGAAGAAGUACCCUCAACACAUUGCGGAGAACAACAACCUGGAAUUCGUUAGCCAGGAUGGAGGGGAAACAUACAACCUUUGCCAUUUCUGGUCGAAUUUCGAAAUUGGAGAUCUAAACUGGCUGCGAUCCCAAGCAUACCUCGAUUAUUUCGACAUUCUGGACAAGGAUGGCGGGUUCUUCUACGAAAGAUGGGGUGAUGCGCCUGUACAUUCCAUCGCCGCUGCUCUUAUGCUCAAAAAGGAGGAAGUCCACUUUUUCAAUGAGAUCGCUUACUACCAUGUCCCAUUCUACCACUGCCCGACUGGCGAACAGACGAGAUUAGAUCUGAAGUGCCACUGCAACCCCAAGAACAACUUUGACUGGAAGGGAUAUUCUUGCACUUCCCGCUACUUCGAUGUUAACAAAAAGCCGAAACCUGAAGGUUAUGAAAAGGAGCAAGAUUGACUAACCGUGCUUAUCACAAUCCUUUGCAGUAUUCUCGUUGUUACCGUUGUAUCAAUAGUAGCAUUCAAAACUCGCCGAUCACGACGCAGUCUCAGCAUAUCGAGCACCGACAGUGAACCGUAUACCAGCAUGCCGAAAAAGUGGUAAAAAUGAAGGAAGGGAGUGGAGGGGGCGAAGAACGAGAAAAGGACAACACAGGAAAUCUACUCGAUGGCAUCUACUAGAGCUUUCUUGUUCACAUCUUUUGCCCUCGGUUUGGGAAAAGAAAUGACUCCUCAGGGCCAUACCUUUUCCUUUACCCGAAGCUCCAUAUACUACCUCCAUCCUACUCUUCCAUUUCCAAUUUUUCCCAUACCUUAUAUUUGGAUUUUUAACUCUGACUAUUUCUUUCACAUAUUUAAUAUCUUGUCUGCCUUUAUAUUUUCACCAUAUGUUCACGUACAUCGAUUAUACUGUACAGGGUUGUAUGGUAUUAUGGGCAUGGGACUUGUCGUUUUCCGCCUUUUCUAUUAUGCUUUUUCUAUUUCCUAUUCCAUUUCCUCUUUAUCUUUUUCAAAUUUUUUUUCUUUUUUCCUUGCCAAAAAUUUUACGGAGUUUAUGGGGAAAUGUGCCGCAUCUUAUUAUAUGAUUUUCAUCGUCUGGACUUUUUUUUCACUGCUUCUUCUUCCCUAACUUGUGGCCUGCGAGCGCCAUAAGAAGCACUGCAUUAUUAGCACAAUAUAUGUCCAUAUUUCUACUUCACGGUACUUUCAGUCAGUCCCAUAUUUGCGUGGAUUUGGCCAGAGACAGGAAGAGGAAUAGAGAAGAAGGCCAUGACAAGUGAUGAUAUUUUGUAUUUAUUAGUGGGACGGCUGCUUUGCUUUUUGCCAUGACGAUUUGUGUCUUUUCAUAUCUUGGGGGGGUAGGUGUCCGGUGCGAUUAGGAAUAGCAAAUUAAGGAAAGGGGGGAUCGUUAUUUGAAACCAUUUUAUAAUGCAAUUUUUCUGCUUUCCCUUUCGCGUAUUACCCGAAUUUCAGGGAUGGGUAACUAGCAACUAGAGUAAAUGGCGAAAGGCCAAAAAUUGUAACCGAAACAACUAUACAUGCACUUUUCAUCGAUCUUAGAAGUGGUGCAAAGAAAAUAAAAUAGAAUAAUGUACAGUGUAUCGAGUUUAGGUUAACGAAUCCAAAUUUAUGGCAGAAUACAUGAUGAGAUGAUCGCACAUGACAAAGAAUAGCAACGAAAUCCAGCCGGAAUAAGAUCAAAACAAAAGUUUCCGCUCCUCCCUUCCUCCCUUCCAACUUCCAGUGUCACGUCCUCUCACCUAUCUACCCUAGCAGCAUUACGCACUCUUCGGCUUCUUCGUCCCGUACUUCGAGCGGCUGGUGAUUCGGUUACCAACGCCAGUCUAUUUAGUUAAAAAGGAGAUUUGUCAGUCGUCUACUUCCAA